AUGGCGGCUGUGCAGCUGCACAAGCUCAACGGCGACACCUCGUGGCUGUUGCGUCUGCCAACGAUGUCGAGCAAGUCACCCAGCCAAGAUGCUCGAUACUACAACCUUGUGCUUGAUCCAUGGCUCGACGCUACCCCGCAAAUAGAUGGCUCGCCUCUGUUCUCGCGACAAACACGCACAGAGCCUGCUACGUUCGCCUCGAUCGCUCAACUCGAUCAAUGGCUGCACUCCCAGUCACAAGGAAGCGAGAAACUCGACGCAAUUGUAUUCAGCCACCCUUUCACCGACCACUUGCAUCCCGAGACCAUCACAGAUGCUAACUCUAUCGCAGUGCUCCAGCGAGUCACGAUCCUCACUACGGACGACUCGUUCUCGGCACUGCGAUCGCUUCAUGUCGAUCUCGACCGUUCCAAGGUGGUCAACCUCUCGUCGGUGGCUACACGGCAGGAUGCGGAUCAGGACGGUACCCUGCCGGUGGGGAUAUCGAUCCAGCACCUCCCAGCGCGCGACUGGGCGCUGAGCCCAGCAUGGACAAAGCUGCACGGUGCCAUCCUCGUUUCCUGCCGCACCGCCGCUCACCCCGUACACAUCGUCUACUCGCCUCACGGCAUCACCCCCACCUCGCUCCCCGACACCUUCAAGCAAGCCCGUCAAGAGCUCGAAAAGAGGAUACUCAUCCAUAGUUUCGACCGUCAAGCGCUGCCUUUGAUCGGAGUCGUCGCGUGUGGUUUUCCCAACGUUCUCGGUCUGCUACCAACCUUCAAACCCGAUCUCGUGUUGGCGACGCACGACGAACACAAGCGUGCAGAGGGCAUUGUUGGGCGGCUCAUCUCACGUAAAUCUUUCUCGCUGCAACACGCUCAGCAGCUUUUGGAGGAGCAGUAUCCACAACAAGCGCAACGGUGUCUGCUGAAGCAGCUAGCUCCCGGGGAAAGCGUGCACAUCGACUAG